CCCAGUACUGUAGGAGAGGGGAGGCGGUGCGGGAAUGUGUGUCUCGGAGGGUGAGAAGAGGGGGCUGUAAUGCUCGUUUCAGCACCGCGGACAGCUCCCGGUAAAGGCAGCCAGCUGCAGCUGUUCGGUCCUCUCCGCUACACUGGAAAAGAAAAGAACAAUCAAAUUUGAAAUAUCUUUCACCUCUAUAAGACCAAAAAUAGGAUAUUUUUCGAGGAGGAGACUUAGUUUAAUUCAGUCCGGAUCAGGCGACAUAUUUGUAACGAGAGGCUACAGACAAAACCAGUCCAGGACUCCCGAGGUUUGCGUGUACAAUCCCUGCGAAGUUUCUCGCCACUGAAAGGGAUUCUGUCUUCUCCCACUGGUCUGCAGAACCCGGAAAAUCGGUUGGUGUUAAAGGGAAGUUGGAGAGAAAGUGACACCACAUCUGCACCUUCUCUGGGUUGGACUAUAUCCUAAUAGAAGUUGUGGGACAUUUUUCGUUUAGUACUGCGUAAUAUUUGGUUGUGUGUGCAGAAGGAUUGAUAUUACUUGAAUAAUACUUCUAGUAGCAACUAGGAAAGCGAAACAAGUUUUUUCAUUUUUUUUCAUUCGGUGCUAUAGGCAUUGUACAGCAUCCAUCCUUCAUAACCACCGGUCCACCCCAUGUAAUGCUCUUACAUUAGCCCCUGAUGCGAGGCUUUGAUGCGCCCGGAUCCAUUUUUUGCUUGCAGCACUGAUUCUUUCCUCCUCCAAGUCGCCCGUCUCAGCCUUCUCUCAAUUUAACAAUCACGAAGGGACGCCCCGGACUGUAAUCCUCCCCCCAUUUUCGGCAACUGCUACAGACUGGUGGGUGAUAAUGGCCAUGGAUCGAUGAGAAAUGCUUAUUCAGAUUUCUGUUGGAUGAAGUUGGAGGCCCUGCAUCCACACAUAAUAACCAAAGUCACAGCUUAGCAAGUUUUAACAUCCUGAUCCGUCGUUUUUUCUUCUUUUUGAGACUUGCUGUAUAGGUGUAGCCUGUUUGUAGCUGUCCAUGACGGAAACAAUGGCGCUGAGUGGGAACUGUAGGACUAACCCCAAAGAGCAAGCAUCAGUUCAGAACAGUUUCCCAGAUGUUGUUGAAUUAAACGUCGGGGGGCAGGUUUAUUACACCCGUCACUCGACUUUGGUGGGCACCCCGAAUUCAUUACUCGGUAAGCUUUUCUCCUCCAAAAAAGAUGCAUCUAACGACUUGGCGAGAGACCCCAAGGGCCGUUAUUUCAUUGACAGGGACGGGUUUUUAUUCCGAUAUGUGUUGGACUACCUCCGAGACAAGCAAGUCGUCCUCCCGGACCACUUCCCGGAGAAAGGGAGGCUCAGGAAAGAGGCGGAGUACUUCCAGUUACCCGACUUAGUGAAGCUCCUGACCCCUGACGAUAUCAAGCACAGCCCGGACGACUACUUCCACAGCGACUAUGAAGACGGGUCCCAGGGCAGCGACCACCGACAGUGUCCGCCGCCCUCUCUCGUCCCAGCGGACAGAAAGAGCGGCUUCAUCACGGUGGGGUACCGGGGUUCGUGCACCAUGGGCCGAGAGAGUCAGACCGACGCCAAGUUCAGGAGGGUGCCUCGGAUAUUGAUAUGCGGGCGGGUGGCUCUUGCCAAAGAAGUUUUUGGGGAGACCCUGAAUGAAAGCCGGGACCCGGACAGAACCCCGGAUCGGUAUACCUCUCGGUUUUAUCUCAAGUUCAAGCACCUGGAGAGGUCUUUUGACAUGCUGUCGGAGUGUGGUUUCCAAAUGGUAGCCUGCAACUCAUCAGUCACAGACUCGUUUGUCAACCAGCACACAGAGGACAAGAUCUGGUCGAGCUACACAGAAUACGUCUUUUACCGUGGUCCAUCACGUUGGUCCUCCCCUCCAUGCGACUGCUGCUGCAAGAACCACAAGGGCGACGGAGAGGGUGAGAGCGGCACCUCCUUUAACGAGCUCUCCACCUCCAGCUCCGAGAGCCAGUCAGAAGCCAGCUCUCCCCAGGGAACAGUCAUCUGCGGACCGGUCAACCGCCAGUCACACCCUCACGCCAACGUCCAAACCCUGGACAGGCCUUCAAAAAAGGGCCCCAUCCCCAUGCUUCAGCAGUCUGACCAGCGGCGAAAGAGUGACUUGCUGCGCACGCUUACAGCAAGCUCCCGCGACACCAGCACCUGCAAGAAAAGGCCGGUGAAAGAGAAGCUGACGGUCGAAGAGGAGCUGGAUAAGUGCAUUCAAGACUUCCGCAAGAUCAAGAUCCCGGAGAGGUUCCCUGAGAGAAAGUACAUGUGGCAGGCCGACCUGCUGAGAAAGUACCGCCUCUGAGCCAGGAAACAGGACAGAGGUAGCAGACACACAAGGCCAAGGAUCAGUUUACAUGUUUUUUGAUCUUGACUUUUGCAACAAAAGGGAGAUAACACUUUCCUUAUUUGAAUCCUCACCUUUAUGCCAGAUGGAUGAAAGUCUACAAAGAAGCUAGUAAGAAGCAUAAAAAUUCUGUUAUUGACAUAUGUAGUGCAUAUGUGUGUGUAUGUAGUUUAGGCCCUAAUGUAUGUACUGUAAGUAUGUGCUGUACCUUACUGAAUUCUUCAGAGCUAUGAAUAAUGUAUCCCUGAAGAUGAAUCCAAAUGGGCAAAAGACAUCCUCUAUGAACCAGUCAACCAACCAAAUGCUUGCUAAUGGCUAUUUAGCCUUAAUGGGGGUUGCCUAGGGUUACUGGACUGCACACACUAUCAUCUGUCAAACUUUCACUGGAAAAAACAUCACAGGAGCCACAGUUUUGGCCCACUCAUUGAUUUGGAAUGUGAAUGUGUGGUAAUUUGUGAGUGUGUGUAGGUGUGUGUGUGUGUGUUCUUGCACCCAGUUGGCCUAGAGGUCACAGAUAAAUCUGCAUCAGGACCCAUUAAUAAUUCAUGGUGUCCCGACCGUGCUCUCACUAUAAAUACACCCAGAGCGCUCUGCAGCCAGGGUGGCGUAAACAGCUUGGUUAAUUACUUAACUUUUAGGAAACAUUUUGGGACCUCUGAGGCAGGUGGAGGUACAUUUUCAUUAAGAGCACAAUCAAUUUUCUUCUUCUAAUAUCAGUUAUGUUGCAAAGUAUCCUAAGUGCAUUGCACUAGCCUGCAUUGCAUUGAUUUUAGAAGUGUUGACUAUAUGGAGCAAUUACCAGGUUAUUGUGUGACAAAUAAGUCAUUUACUAAUUAACAAUUACUUCACCUAAAUGAACACAACACUCACAACCCUUCAUUCCCACACACAAAGCAAACAAUCAUGAGGUCAUUUAAACCAUGCUCAAUAUGUCACCAACAGUAAACAGACAGAAUGGGACAGGAUUGCUACAUAGGCUAACCCAUCUACACAAACGGCUGCUUUCUUCCCCGACUGUUUACACGGUGACCAAUAGUUAUCGGUAAUAGGGUCCAUUGAUGGAGCUGAUCGAUGCGGUUCUUGUUUGCAGUCAUAGAUGAAACCCCUGGGUUAUUUACGAAGAGAAGCUGGUCAUGUAUUUAGUGAAUACUAGCCACUAUUCAUGUAUGCAUUUACGUGCACCUUGCUCAGUCCAAGUCCAUGUGUUUUAAUGUUGUUACAUAAAGAUGUCACACAGCAUAUUUUAAAUUCAGCUUCCCCAGUAAGUUGAUUGUUAUUUAUUUAAGGCUCUUGGACCACCGCAAAUGAAAAAAGCACACAGAUAUUCAGUAAUGUUGUAAAUGUAAAACUAGUCUUUUGAGAGUUAUGAAGGCAAACUUUUGACGAUUAAUGCCAUUUAAUACAAUCAUUUUCAGAUUAGUUCAUUUAAACAGGUAGUGUAAUUGACAUCACGAUGAGUUUUUUUGGAGAUGUGUAGAUGAAAGAACAUAUAUAAAAGGGAUUGGAUAUAUUGGACAGCAGAUUGUAAUAGUCAAAACUACUAAGGAAAGAAAUACAUGAUGCAGUGAGACUUACAGUUAAAGAUGGUAAAAUGUUUUAAUGGUAGAAGAAAAAUUUGCCAUCUAUGAGGGGCAAAUAAAAAGGAUGUAUAUAGAAGGAAGAUUUUAAACACUCACUACUUCAAAUGUAUGAGACACAUUUGAUUCAUUUAAGUUUCAAUAAGAGGAAGUAGCUGUAAGAUUGAUAAACAACUGACAAGAUGUGUUUGUUGAUUGCAGCUUAAGGUUAAGAUCUUGGUAUUUAUGAAUAGUGUGAUAGACAGCUGGGAUAAGAAAUGUAGCUUGGGUUAGGUAAAUAUUGAUGAAAUAUCUUGUAUAGAUGGUAUUUCAGAAUGACCUUGGGAGUAGGACAAUAAAAACAGAGACACUGAAAAAGGGAAAACUUUUCACAGAGGAACUUGAGUAAAGCUUUGUAUUAUUUGUGGUUAUUGCAGCUUAUGAAAGUGCAGAGGAAUGUGCUUCAUUAACAAUCAUAGCUUUUACACAGCACAAAGUGUAAAGUUAAA